AUGCCCUCUGGGCCAGGCGGCUAUCCAAGCCUGCAGGCCACAUCACAUGAGCGUCCUAUCUUUAGUCAGGAAGGUAUUUAUAUCCCCCAGGGAAAGUUUUUUUUCCUUCCCCGCCUCGGGGUAGCCCCAGAGUCAGUAGCCCCAGGCAAAUCUAGGCCCCCCAGCGGCAGCAGCCUCCACCCAUCUGACUCAUCAUGCCCCCAGGUCCCGAGGUCCCGGUGCAGGUGUGGGUGGACGGCCAACUCUUCCAGGCCGAGCAGUCGCUGCUGGUGGAGCACUGCGGCUUCUUCCGUGGGCUUUUCCGCUCUGGCAUGCGAGAGGCGCGCGCGGCUGAGGUGCACCUGGGUGCACUGAGCGCAGCGGGCUUCGGUACCGCGUUGCGGGUGCUGCGCGGAGAGCGGCCACCGCUGGCGGCCGACGAUGAGCUGCUGCAGGCCGUGGAGUGCGCCGCGUUCCUGCAGGCGCCCGCGCUCACGCGCUUCCUGGAGCACAGCGUCACGUCGGACAACUGCUCGCUGCUGUGCGACGCCGCCGCUGUCUUCGGCCUGCGCGAUGUGCUCCACAGCGCUGCGCUCUUCAUCCGCGAUGGCGCGCGUGAGCUGGUGGCGGAAUUGGAACUGCCCGAGGCCCGUGCCUAUGUGGAGGCGCUGCGACCUAGCACCUACGUGGCCGUGAGCACGCACACGCCCACACCCGGCUUCCUGGAGGAUGCAUCGCGCACCAUGUGCUACCUGGAUGAAGAGGAGGAUGCAUGGCGCACGCUGGCCGCACUGCCCUUGGAGGCCAGCACGCUGCUGGCAGGCGUGGCUACUCUGGGCAACAAGCUCUACAUCGUGGGUGGUGUGUGUGGCGCCAGCAAGGAGGUAGUGGAGCUAGGCUUUUGUUACGAUCCGGAAGGUGGUACCUGGUGUGAGUUCCCCAGCCCGCACCAGCCACGCUAUGAUAUGGCACUGGCUGGUUUUGAAGGCCGCCUCUAUGCCAUUGGUGGUGAAUUCCAGAGGAUGCCCAUGAGCUCCGUGGAGUGCUACGAUCCCUCCACAGGCUGCUGGAGCUUCGUGGCAGACUUGCCACAGCCAGCUACAGGGGUUCCCUGUGCCCAAGCACGUGGUCGCCUCUUCGUGUGCCUGUGGAAGCCGGCAGAUAUCACUGCCGUCGUUGAGUACGUGGUGCAGAUGGACAAAUGGCUUCCGGUAGCUGAACUGUGUCGUUCACAGAGCUACGGCCACUUUAUGGUGGCCCAUCGUGACAGUCUCUAUGUGGUUCGUAAUGGGCCUUCUGAUGAUUUCCUGCACUGUGCCAUCGAUUGCCUCAACCUGGUCACGGGUCAGUGGACAUCGCUACCUGGCCAGUUUGUCAACAGCAAGGGAGCACUGUUCACGUCUGUGGUGCGUGGGGACACUGUCUAUACAGUCAACCGUGUAUCCACGUUGGUCUAUGCCAUUGAAGAUGGCACCUGGAGGCUGCUCAGGGAGAAGACUGGGUUUCCACGGCCUGGCUCUUUACAGACGUUUCUCCUGCGGCUGCCUCCUGGCACUACUGGGCCUGUGGCCACCGCAUUGCCAGAGUUGUGAGCUCUGAAUGACUUCAGAAGACUUGAGAGUCUUCAUGAGCCAUGACUAUGUGAGCCUGGAUUAAGGAGCUCUUGGGAACUCCUUUUUUCCCUAUUGGGACACUCAGGUCUCUGCUUUCUGGUGGUAUGGAUAUCCAAGGAGCCCUGAGAAACGCAGAUGCCUGGGUUCUCAAAUCACUUGGGCUCUGCUGAGAACUGGUG